UAAAUCAAAAAAAAUUUAUUUAUGAAAUAUCAGUUCCAACAUGUUCAUACCGAAUGGGUGUUCAACGUAUUGGAUAUGUUGUUCUUUUACUUGAUAGUGAAAGUAAAACUGCUCAUUUGACAAUUCUUUCAACACCAAGAAGAUAUUUAGCGUUAUGUCUUUAUUUAAUUUAUGCAAUACUGGGACUCAUUUUUGUAAUUUUAACUUCACUUUUUUCACGACGAAAUCUAAUUCGAUUACUUAUGCUUUCACGUUUAAUGUAG